AUGGGACUGAUUAGCGGCCACGGCAGGCUGUUGCUAAUUGCCACCAUCGCUCUAGCGGCUGGAUCGGUCCAGGGGAUUGGGUGUCCGCAGAAAUGCUCCUGCCAGCAGCGGACGGUCCGGUGCGUCAAGCAGCAACUCGAUAAGGUCCCGGAAAUGCCACCCGAUACGAGCAUAAUAGACCUGCGCUACAAUCACAUUCGCGAGGUACCUACGGGGGCAUUUGACGGGCUCCAGCACCUGCACACGAUUUUCCUCAACGAGAACCAGCUGACGAGAAUCCACUCGGGCGCGUUCCGAGAUCUGCCAUCGCUCAAGUAUCUCUAUCUCAACCGCAACCGCAUCGGUGUGAUUGCCGCCGAUGCAUUCAUCUCCCUAGACCGGCUGCAUAGCAUGUACUUACACUUCAACAACCUCAGCACACUGGAACCGCAAACCUUCACCAACAUGGGCUCGCUGGAGCGGCUGUAUUUGCACGGCAACCAAAUCAGACACAUUCCGGAGGGAAGCUUCGAGCGGUUACCGUCCCUGCGGCGGCUUCGGCUCGACGACAACGCGCUGGAGUGCGACUGCUCGCUCCUUUGGUUUGCUCAGGCGAUGCAGCAACCGAACCGGAAGUCCCUGGUGGCCGGUGCAAACUGCGCUACGCCAGCCGCACUCGAGGGCCAACCAAUUAGCUCGAUUACGGAGGAGGAUUUCCACUGCGCGAAACCGGAAAUUGUCACCCAACCGAGGGACAUCGAGAUAAGCUUCGGGCAGACGGCUGUGUUCAGCUGCAAAACGUCGGGUGACCCCAAGCCGGAAAUUGUGUGGCUGCUGGACGAGGUCCGGAUCCGCCCGGACACGGACGGUCGCAUCACGGUGCUUCCGGACGGGUCGUUACGCAUCGACGAAACGGUACCGGCCGACGCCGGCCAAUACACGUGCACCGCCCGGAACGGCCUCGGAGAGACGCGAUCCCGCACGGCACACCUAGCCGUCAACGACGACGUGGUCGAAAGCGAAGCCGAGGCUCCCAAGUUUCUGCGUACACCCACGGAUCUCCUGGACCUGUUCGAAGGUGAUCCGAUCAUGCUGGACUGCAUCGUCACCGGUGCCCCAACGCCGAGCAUUCUGUGGCGGUUCAACAACGAAAACAUCCAGAACGGACGCGUCAAGCUGUUUGGCAACGGCUCGCUGAUCCUGCCGAUGGCGACGCUUGAUGACGGCGGGAUCUACACCUGCUGUGCCGGGAACGCACUCGGCAACAUAUCGGUGAAUGUGACGGUUGUGGUGAGCGCCCGACCGCAUGCAUCCGCAGCAUCUCUACCGGCGGCAUCCGCAGCGCCCCCGGUCACGACCACCGUGUCACCGCCAAGCAGCGCCACCCCGCUUUCGAAACCCUCUCCAAAGCCUACCGAGCUGAGCAAUACCGUUCCGGUGGACUCCAAUACGGGCGAACCCGAAGCUCCCCCUCGGAUUGUGUUGGGUCCGGAAAAUCAGAACGUUAAAAUCGGCUCCACACUGACGCUGGAGUGCGAAGCGGACGGCAACCCACUGCCGCACAUCUGGUGGAAAAAGGAUGGCCUUCCGGUGAACGAAACGAGCCAGGUGUACUUCAGUGACGAUGCGAUCGAGCUCACCAUCGACCACGCGCAGGAAUCCGACUCAGGUACGUACGUGUGUGUGGCUGAGAACGAGCUGGGUAUCGCCGAGGUCGAGGCAGAAGUGCUCGUCAUCAACGUCGGUCCGCCGCGGUUCCUGUUCGAACCGUACGAUCUGGACGCCAUCGAGGGCACUACCGUCGAGAUGCCGUGCAAGGCAGAGAACGACGAUAUCCUGCAGAUCAAAUGGCAGAAGGAAGGCCGCACAAUAACCCCAAAGGACAAGUACCGUAUAUCAUCCGCCGGUAGUCUGUUCGUCGCCAACGUCACCCAGCUGGACGAAGGCCGGUACGAGUGUUCGCUGCUAAACAAGUACGGUCGAGCCACUGCCAGCGGCAUGCUGACGGUCAAGAAGCGAGUAGAAGCGCUACCAGGCGACCAGUACGUACGCAUUGCCAUCGCUGAGGCGUCUCGAGAGGUGGACACGGCGAUUAAUCAAACCAUCGGGCGCAUGUUUACGACGGGCCGGAACACGUCCGGUCGUUACCAUGACGAUCUGUUCCGCAUCGUACGCUUCCCAACUGGUCCGGCCCGGGAAAUUGCCCGUGCAGCCGAGGUAUACGAACGAGCACUCGUCAUCAUUCGCCGACACGUGGACAGUGGAGCUAACCUGACGACCAACACCACGGACUUCCGUUACCAGGACCUGUUGUCACCGGAGUACCUUGACUUGCUGGAGCAGUUGUCCGGGUGUAUGGCACACCGGGUCACACCGAACUGCUCGGAUCUGUGUUUCCACGCGAAGUAUCGCUCGCUUGAUGGCACGUGCAACAACUACCAGCAUCCUGCCUGGGGUUCUUCGUUGACUGGUUUCCAGCGGUUGCUUCCACCGAUGUAUGAGAACGGCUUCAACAGUCCGAUCGGAUGGAACCGUACGGCGGUGUACGAUGGGUUCGUGAAACCAAGUGCUCGGCUCGUCUCUACCAGUCUCAUUUCGACCAGCUCCGUCACACCGGACGACCGCAUUACACACAUGGUAAUGCAGUGGGGACAGUUCCUUGAUCACGAUCUCGAUCAUGCCAUCCCGUCGGUGACGUCCGAGAGCUGGGACGGCGUAGACUGCAAGAAGACGUGCGAGUACGCGGCCCCCUGUUAUCCGAUCGACAUUCCGACCGGAGAUCCUCGCAUCCGAAACCGACGUUGUAUCGAUUUUGUCCGUUCAAGCGCCGUCUGCGGGUCAGGCAUGACGUCUAUCUUUUUCGGUAGCGUGCAGCCACGCGAGCAGAUCAACCAACUGACGGCGUUCAUCGAUGCAUCGCAGGUGUACGGAUAUACAGAGACGUUCGCGCAGGAACUUCGGAAUCUCACCGCUGACGAGGGUCUGUUACGAGACGGACCACACUUCCCGAACCAAAAGCCACUGUUGCCGUUCUCGGCACCGACGGACGGGAUGGAUUGUCGACGGGAUCUGGAUGAGAGCCAGAUCAACUGCUUUACGGCAGGUGACAUCCGUGUGAACGAGCAGCUCGGUCUCACGUCGAUGCACAUCGUGUGGAUGCGUGAGCAUAACCGGUUGGCGGAUCAACUACGCCGGAUCAACCCGCACUGGGAUGGAGACCGGUUGUACUACGAGAGCCGUAAGAUCGUGGGAGCGAUGAUGCAGCACAUCACCUACGCUCAUUGGCUUCCGCUUGUGAUCGGAGAACAAGGUAUGGCCGAGUUGGGCGAGUACGUCCGGUAUGACCCCACGGUUAAUCCGACCAUCUACAAUGAGUUCGCAACAGCAGCAUUCCGGUUUGGGCACAGUCUCAUUAAUCCGAUGUUGCAUCGGCUAAAUGAGUCGUAUCAGCCGAUCGCGCAGGGCCAUUUGCCGCUUCACAAGGCAUUCUUCGCACCGUGGCGGUUGAUGUACGAGGGUGGCGUUGAUCCGCUAUUGCGCGGCCUGUACAGUGUGCCGGCAAAGCUGAAGAAAUCCGAUCAGAACCUGAACACUGACCUGACAGAGCGCCUAUUCGAGGUAGCUCACGCCGUAGCGCUUGAUCUGGCGGCGAUCAAUAUACAGCGUGCGCGCGAUCACGCCCUGCCCGGAUACAAUGACUACCGGAAGUUGUGCGGAAUGCGUGUCGCGACGAGCUUUGAUGAUCUGCAGGAGGAAAUCCGGGAUGAGAACGUGCGCCGCAAGCUAGAGCAGCUGUAUGGCCACCCGGGCAACAUCGACCUGUGGGUUGGAGGCAUCCUGGAGGAUCAGCUGCCAGGUGCUAAGAUGGGACCAUUGUUCACGUGCAUCCUGGUACGGCAAUUCCGUGCCUUGCGCGAUGGAGAUCGGUUCUGGUAUGAGAACGAGACCUUCAAACCCGAACAGCUGGCCCAAAUCAAGCGGGCUUCACUGGCACGGGUCAUUUGCGACAACGGUGACAACAUCACGACGAUUACCAGCGACGUUUUUGUGCUGCCAGCCAGACAGGGUGGAUACAAGCACUGCGAUGAGGUUCCCCACAUCAACCUAGAGCACUGGGUGGAUUGUGCAGAUUGCUCGCGGCACCAUAAACGUAACGUGGCUCCAGCCGUACGUAGGCGACGAUCGGUGAUCCGCGCGAAACGUGCUCUAACGCCGCAAACCACCGGAAAUCCAGUGGAAGGAGCACGAGCACCCGAAGACGAAGGACACUACGCCCUCAAUGAUAACCAUCUCGAGCGGUUGGACGACGAUGCGUCCUUCGUCGAUGACGACAUGAACGAGGAACGCAUCGAAGGGUUGGAGGCGUUGAUCGAGAGCUUCCAGAAAUCCAUGAAGCAGAUGCGGCGAAAGAUCCGCCGGCUGGAACAGCAAUGUUCAGCCGCGGUUCUGGCGGUGGCCGCCGUCAGUGGCAACACCGGUGUUGGCGUUAAUCCGGCCAAGGGCAAACCACACGGCCACUGCGUGGACAGCAAAGGCAUCAAGCGGUUGAACAACGAGAUCUGGAUGCGGGAUGACUGCACCAAGUGCGAGUGUGAACACCAUCAGAUUAGCUGCGAAACAGAGAAAUGCGCGGAGUUGAUCUGUGAGAACAGUCUCGUGCUAGUGAAGGAACAGGGCAAAUGCUGUCCGGCGUGUGUCGUCUCGGAUGAGGGUGGUACCAUGGCUACCAUCGUGAAUAGUUCCCAGUAA